CUUUACACAUUAAAUUCACCAAACCCCUGACAAGCAUUUAUAUAUAUAUAUAUAUAACACAGGCUUUUUGAUUGUUCAAAUUAUCCCAGAAGACCUGCAAUUUCAGGGUUUUGUGGCAUUUGAGAGUGUGGAUACUGUGAAGCAAGAAGGGAAGCCGGAAUGGAGGUAGGUCAGUUGCAGAGACAGUUUGUGGACUACCUAACAUCAUUAUUUAGAGAGGGAUUCCUGGAUAGCCAGUUUUCACAGCUCCAGCAACUGCAAGAUGAGAGUAACCCUGAUUUUGUUGUCGAAGUGGUGACCCUCUUCUUUGAAGAUUCUGAAAGGCUUCUCAAUGAUCUGACCAGGACUCUAGACCAGAAGUGUGUAGAUUUCCAAAAAGUUGAUGCCCAUGUUCACCAGUUGAAGGGUAGCAGUUCCAGUAUUGGUGCACAGAGAGUUAGAGAUGCCUGCAUUACCUUUCGCAGCUGUUGCGAGGAACAGAACACUGAAUCGUGCUUGAGAUGCCUGCAACAAGUGAAGCAAGAGUAUUUGCUUGUGAAAAGCAAGCUUGAAACUUUAUUCAGGCUAGAGCAACAAAUUUUGGCUGCUGGUGGAUCAAUUCCUUUGGUGGGAUGAAUAUAAGCAGAGUGAGUAAAUUUCAAAGGUGUUCACUAAGAAGCUUUAGCGAGCCCUAUUAACAACUUCGCUGAAUAUAUAACUCUAUAAGCCAAUGGGCUUGUGUUUGAAACUAUUUCAAUGAAAGAUAUGGUAAACAAGCCUUUUUAAUCUGUUGCCUUGUUCAAUGAAGAAACCCAGAACUUCAUUAUUUUCAAUUACCUAAUUCACAUAUAGUGUUAGUUUCUUUUA